CCAGAACCCUCCUCUUCAAAACCCACCACUAUCCCACAUUCCUUCGUCUCAUAAACUAAAACCAAAAAACCAAAAAAAAGUAAAAAAGAAAAAAGAAAAACACUUUGCUAAUCUCUCAUUCUCUCUAUCUCUCUCUCUUUUUCCAAACCAAAUGGCGAACAACCUGAAGCUUAUUGGAGCUCUAGUCUUAUGCAUGGUACUUGCCGGUUCAUUGACAAGUACCGAAGCCGGCAUGGCGUGCAAUCAGAUCAAAGUGCAGCUGGCACAAUGCAUGAACUACCUGAUAAAAGGUGGCAAUCCGCCUCCACAAUGCUGUGCCGGUGUUAAGAACGUGGUUAGCGCAUCCAGAACGACACCGGAUCGCCAGAGCGCUUGCAAUUGCCUUAAAGCUACUGCCGCCACUCUUAGAGGAAUCAACGUAGGCAACGCUGCUAGUCUCCCUGGAAAAUGCGGCGUCAACAUUCCUUACAAGAUUAGCCCCAACACCAACUGCGCCACCGUGAAGUGAGGAUGAUGAAGAGGGAAUUGCAGGAUGAAGAGGGUGACGUAGGACUGUUUUCAUGCAGUGUUUUUAAUUAAUAAAAUAAAAGAAAAAAAGGGUGUUUUGUGGGUCAAGAUGGUGAGCUCCACUUUGGCGAGUUUCCAUGUGUGGUUUUUGUUACUUUUUGUAUGUCGUUUCUUGUUUGGUUUUUAUAUCACCGAUUUCAAAUCGGUGGGAGGGUCGUUUUUACGUCAUAAAACUUUUCAGAUAAAUCUAUAUGAUCCAGUUUAUA